AUGUCUAACCCCAUGUCUGACGCGGAAAAGAUUCGCCAAAAGCGUUUGGCGAAGCUUUCAAACCCAACCCCUAAACCUGCAUCAUUUGACGGUCCCUCUGAUUCCUUCUCGGGGUCCUCAGGCCCACCUCAGCCACGACAACAACCACCAGGGCCACCUGAAGAACCGAGGAAGUCACGCAAGGUUACAAAUGCACAACACAAGGCAACAAAGGCAGCAAUUUCAGAAAAGCCAGCAAAUGAUUCCAACUGGAAAACAACCACUUCUCAUCCAGGAAUGUCACACUUCACUCCUAAGUCUCCCUCCGAAAUUGAAAGAUGGGAAAACCAGUUCUUGUGCGAUACCUUCGGGAUCACAUUGGAAGAAAACGACGAUGAUCGUUCUCGGAUUUAUCUGCCCAAGUUACGCAGAGAAUUGCAACUAAACAGUCGAGAGCAUCUCAUUGGAAUUCCCAUCUUUGAUCAUGCCAUUGUUGAGGCUGCGUCUGCAUCGGAAUGCUUCCUCCGGUACUUGAUACAAUGCUGGAAGCGUAUUUCAAAAGUUCACAAGUAUCACCGAAGAGCCCGGGAGCACGAUCCCCACUACGAUGUCAUGUGUGAAGCACGGCGUCUGUGCGUGAGUUACUUCAUCUUUGGUCUUACCAUGCCCGAGAUGUUCCCGGAUGGUGCACAGAAGUCUUCGUUCGCUGAUAUGUUGUUGCGGAAUAAUCAUGACGACGGAAUAGACAACGAACUUUUAUCUGAGAUUGCGGGAAAAUUUGACGAAUAUGAUGGUCUUAAGGAAGUCUUCAUUGAGGCAGUUCAAACGCUGAGCAUCAACCUUCGUCACCAAAUUCCCGGUGCGCCCCAUGUCGCAAUUCAUAUUGAGACAAUGCAACGUCUUGUGCGAUACCCCUCCAUUGCGAACGCAAUCACAGAAGCUAGCCUUUUCCUCAACGCGAGUUCUGCGUCUCUAUAUGAAACAGAUGCGAUUGAAUUUGAGAGGCUAACCCUUCUAGGAACUUUUUUUGCCUUGUCGCCUCUGCAUGACCAUGUCGUGAAUCAGAGUUUCGGCCACGCGAGUUCUCGUAAUCCAGCAUACCUCGAACAGACAUAUACUGGUAUGCGUAUGUCGCAGAAUCGGUUCAACGAACAAAUUUUUGACAUCAUUAACCAUUUGCUUCGUGCCUCCACGAAGGCUCGCGACCGAGUUCUCGACUGGUUUGCGAAAGCCGUCAACAUAAAUCACAAGCGCCGCGCUAUGCAGUUUGACCAAGUGAAAGUAUCGUCUGAUGGGUUCAUGUUGAGCCUGACAUCAUGUCUCGAUCGACUUUGUGAACCCUUCAUAGAUGCUGCUUUUUCCAAGGUCGACACAAUCGAUCCUGGCUACCUUCGUCGCAACUCGCGAGUGAAUAUGCGCGACGAGACAAAAAUCAAUGCGGAUCUCGAGGCAUCAAACGCUUUCUUUUCGAAACAGGUUGAUGGCAAGUCCUCCUUUAACACUGAGCUCUUUUUCCUUACCGCCGCCGCUCACCACUAUGGAAGUGGAUCUUUGAUGUCGAAAUUGGAGCAACUUGAAAAAGACAUACAUCAGAUAGGGGCUCAUAUCGCUAGGCUUGACCUCGAGAGGCCUCGCUGGAGCGACGACCCGAGGCGGCUCCAAGCAUUUGAGGAGACGUAUCGUCGCUACAAGUGGAGACACGAUAUGGGACUUGUAACGAAGUCUGGCUUGGAAUGUUUUCUCGUGGAUGAACAUUUCCAGGCCCGGUCACUCAAUUUCGAGCGUUUCCUCAUUGUCUGGGUGUUGCGACUCGCCUCGGGUGUGAAUUACCCACAGGAAGGAUUCACGUUGCCUCUCCCUCAGAAACAGCCAGAGGUAUUUCAGUGCCUCCCUGAGUACUUCCUUGAAGAUGUUGUGGACAACUACAAAUUCGUCAUUUCGUCGUUCCCAACUACAAUCCCCGGGUUUCAGGGCGAUGAGCUUGUCACGCUCUCUAUUACCUUCCUGGAAAGCUCUGACUGGGUCAAAAAUCCGUAUCUAAAGGCAGGUCUUGUAUCGACCAUGUUCCGAGGCAGUAUCAGGGGCCCCAAUCAACCAGGUGCCCUGUCGGGUGUGCUCAGUACGCUGCCGUUCGCCAACAAGUACCUUUUGCACGCUGUAAUGAAGUUUUACAGCGAGGCCGAGCAUACCGGCACUCAUUCUCAGUUUUUUGACAAGUUCACCAUCCGAUACGAGAUUUUCCAGAUCAUCAAAUGUAUUUGGCCAAUCCCUCUCUAUCGCGAGCUUCUGUCAAACCAAGCUCGACACCACCUGGAUUUCUUUGUCCAGUUCGUUAACCUUUUGCUCAACGAUGUCACUUACGUGCUUGACGAGGCUUUCGGUGCCUUCAAAAUAAUCAAAACCAUUGAGCAAAAGUUGGAUCGGGAAGGCAUAUCGAUGGACGCUACUGCGCGACAGCAGCAAGAAGAGCAUUUGGUAGCCGCCCAGCGCAAUGCCAAAUCCUACAUGCAACUCACAAAUGAGACGGUGGCUAUGCUGAAGCUUUUUACAGAAGCUCUAGCUGACUCAUUUACCAUGCCGGAGAUUGUCCAGCGUUUGGCUGAUAUGCUGGAUUUUAAUCUCGAUACGAUGGUGGGCCCCAAGAGCUCCGAUCUGCGCGUCGGUAAUGGGCACGAAUAUGGCUUUCACCCGAAGCUCCUGCUCAGUGAUUUAAUGGAUGUCUAUCUCAAUCUGAUGAGAAAGAAGAGUUUCAUUGUGGCUGUCGCUCGCGAUGGCCGCUCUUACAAGCCGGAGACAUUUCAGAAGGCGGCAGAGAUUGUACAGAAGUGGAGUCUCAAAUCCCCUGAGGCCCUUCAACUUUGGAGUCAAAUGCGUAAGCAAAUCGAAGAGGCCAAGGCUAUCGACGACCAGGAAGAAGUUGAUUUGGGAGAAAUCCCCGACGAGCUUCUCGAUCCCUUGAUGUGCAGUAUCAUGGAAGAUCCUGUCAUCUUGCCCAAGUCUGGUGUCUCAAUUGACCGGUCAACCAUUCGCUCGCACUUGUUGAGUGACCCUCACGAUCCUUUUAAUCGUGAACCUCUCAAAAUCGAAGAUGUCAUCCCUGAUACCUCAUUGAAGGCCAAGAUCGAAGCAUUCAAGGCCGAGAAAAGAGCCAGCAAGGCGAAUACUGUGAAUACUUCUUCGACUUAA